CGACCGUCCAUGGCCAUUUCCAAAUUGUCUCCAGUCCACACCAUGGCCUCACCCACAACGUCGCUACACUUGUCGUACUUUGCCCUCCCUGGCAGGGCCGAGUUGACGCGCCUGCUCUUUGCUUACGGCAACGUGGACUUUCGCGACACCAGAUACACGUUCGAAGAGUACGGGGCCACGAAGAGUACCUUGAACCUUCCGUUCGGCCAGCUUCCCACGUUGCAAGUGGACGGCGCGACCACGUACGCCCAAAGCCUGGCCAUCGCCCGGUACGCGGCGAAACGGGUGGGCUUGUACCCGGAGGACCCGUUGGUGGCCCUCGAGGCCGACUCCGUCGUGGACACCAUCGCCGAGCUCUACAACGCCACCUACCCCAUCAUCUUUGGCGAGAAAGACAAGGACGCCCAGACCACCAAGCUCGACAACCUCAACAACGUCGUGUUUCCGCGCACCUUUGAGCGGUUGGAGCAGCGAGUGCAAGGACCGUUCUUUACCGGCGCGACCGUCACGUUCGCCGAUGUGUACCUCUUGGACGUGGUCGAGAACCACAUCGGUGGCUUCCCCGACCACCUCAAGCUCAAUUUGGCCGCGUACCCCAAGCUGCAAGCCAUCGUGGCGACGUUGCAUGCCAGCGACAAGUUGAAAGCGUACUAUGCGACCAAGUCUCAAUAGAUUUAUUCGUAUCUUAUGACCUCGGCCUCAACGUAGUUUUUAGGGUGAUUGCAGUGCUCACCGACAGUGGUGCAUCGGAAAGAGCGUGUUCUGUGGUCA